AAUUCAUCUUUUUCUUUCCAUAUCGCUUUCAUCUUCGUUUUCGUCAAAAACUUCUCCCUCAAACAGUCAUGGCGCCCAAGGUCCACGGAGCCUUAUUCUCCCCUGCAGCAAUGAGAGCCUUCGUUGCCCUCCACGAGAAAGAAGUCGAAUUCGAGGUCGUUCCCAUUGACAUGGCAGCCGGUGAGCACAAGAAAGAACCCUUCCUUUCCCUCAACCCAUUCGGUCAAGUUCCAGCCUUUGAAGAUGAAGAUCUGAAGCUAUUCGAAUCGAGGGCAAUUACAGCUUACAUUGCCUACGAGUACCAAGGGCAGGGGACUAAAUUGGUUUACCAUGACGCGAAGAAGAUGGCGAUCGUGGACUUGUGGAUGGAAGUGGAGGCCCAUCAUUUUGAACCAGUUGUUUCGAAGCUGGUUUUUGAGCAAGCGAUGAAACCAGUGUUUAUGAGCGCAGAACCAGACUCGGCAGUUGUGGAGAAGAACCAGAAAAAGUUGGGUGAGGUUCUUGAUGUGUACGAGGCCAGGCUUUCGAAAUCCAAGUAUUUGGGUGGAGAUGAAUUCACUUUGGCAGAUCUUCAUCACUUGCCGACGAUGCAUUACUUGAUGGGGACAUCGACCAAAGAAUUGUUCGAGGCUCGCCCGCAUGUGAGUGCUUGGGCUAAGGAUAUCUUGGCUCGACCGGCUUGGACCAAAACUGUUGCAAUGCAGAAGCAAGCUUAAAGGGUGUUGUUAUGUUCCUAGUUUAUAGAAUAAAGAAGAUAAGCUGAAU